AUGCAUAAACGCGUGACGCUUACCCCGCUAACCCCGCUCGCCGUACUACUGGAUCAAAUGUCACUGCGUAUCAAGGUCGUGCGUCUCAGUAAGCGAGAUAUACGCUUCGUACUCGACGUGGAGCACGCUGCUUCAAAAACAUAUUGGCACAGGGCACGCUCCUUCGACGAGUACAAACAAUUCCAGACGCGUCUACUAGCAGCAUUAAGGCUGGGCCACUAUUGCAAGGGUGAAUGUCCAUGGCUUUAUUCGUUUGUCAAAAGCUAUUUCCCGGGCUCUUUUUCAUUCUUUAGUUUGGGUGCUAAAAGCGACUGUGCCGUAGAAAAACGACGCAUUGCGCUGGAACAUAUGCUGACAUCGCUGCAAAAGUUCUUGGUGGACCCGCAUAAUGCGUCAGCGUGCUCUAUCGUCGCCGGUAGCAUGACAAAAUUAAUGGUAGACUUCGUGUUGGAGGGCCUGAGUGACAAGCGCCAUCUGCUAGAUGAGUUAAGGGGGGGCAGGUCCAGCUCAUCUAACCUCGCCAAACCGCGCAACAGCAUCUGCUCUUCCAUUUCCAUGACAUCAGACGAGGCAGAUGACUUAUUAGUCGACAAUGAUGAUACAGCAGACCAGUGUUCACUGUGCAGCUGUAGUCUACACAGCCGUCCGAUGUCUCCUAGUGCAGAUCGUCACAGAUCUUCAUCUUCUCGCCGUAGCGGGUUAUUAGGCUAUACAACCACUUUAUCAUGCGGCCAUCGAUUCCAUGAUGAGUGUAUUGUCCAGAAGCUGAACGAGGAGAUGCGGUGCCCUGAUUGCCGAGUAAGAAUUCAAUUUUGA